UGCUGAGGCCUCACAUGGCAAAUGUAGAUAAAAUACGACUGAAGAGAGAGAAGAAAAGAGUGAAAACCCUAACAGGCUCUGCUGUCACUGCUCUUCCCCCUUCUGUCAAAUUGAGGUUAGCUCAGCAAACAGUUUGCCCUCAGAAAAGGCACUUCUUUUCCGGUUCCCACCUCAAAACUCAGACUCAAAAGAACGAUUAGAGCAAAAGAUAAGAAAUUCACUUUGAGUCAUACAAGUGCACGGACCAGAGAGACGAAGAGGCAGAGAAGAAAAAGUGACAUGGGAGUAACUGAUGUAGACGGGAAGUCUUUCAGAGAGGCACUGACUUAGCCACCUGUUAGCUUCACAUACACUUCAUUCAGAGGCAGCGGUGAACUGAGAGACAAGUGGAGAAGCACCUUAGGUGGUGUGAGUUUGAAGAUUGGUGAUGGCGUCCGGCACGGGGGGACAACCACCAGCACUACCUGUCAAACAGCACAGGUAAGACCAAUAAACAUUUUACAAAUACUUUCAGUUUUAAUUCUACAGACUGAAUGGAGGCAGACAUACACUUUGAGAUGUUAGAAUAGCUCAUAGGAAAGAUGUUUUGUAAUUUUCAGAGAUGCUAUUUUGUGCAGACAGAGAUGAAAAUGAAAUUAUUUACAGUCUGUGCAUGUAGUAAUAAUUUCGUGAUCCUGUCUCACACAGGAGUAAUUCUUCCAGAUGCUCUAGUGUGGAGUCUGCGUGUGUCCUACUCAGCCCUCUUGGACCGAACUAUCCUUACAAUGAUGUCUUCCUCGAACCCACUGACUGUCAUGCAGCCCAAUGCCCCAUACAUCAACGAUAUGGUGAGUUUAAAGAACGAUAAAAGAAGUUCAGGUGGAGAAAAGAAGCAGCAUUUACUGAGUAUAAUCAUUAGAAACAGUUCUGAAACCAACGUACUCUUCACACUGUGCUGCAUGCGCACAUACUAUGAUAUGAGGUUAAUUUUUCAGUUCUUUUUUUUUCCCAUGAGAACUGAGAGAGAGGAAGUAAACAUUUGAAACUUUUACUUACAUAAACAUGCAUGUGAUUAGAAGACAAUGAGAUAUUUUUUUAGAGAGAUGCUUUGUUCAAACUAACUGUCACAUAGUCUGACCUAAAUCCUUCUCCCUGUGCUUCUUAGAUCCCUCUCAGCACCAGGCGAGAUUUUUCUCUGAUGGCACUCCACCUGCUGUGCCAAAAAAGAGGCUAGCCCGCACCCUCUCCCUCCCUGUAGUACAAGCAUCUCCUCUCACUCCUUUACCUCCUCCGUCUCCACUUCCAAGACAAACACACAACUUUGACAACCCCUUGUACAUGAUGGCACCCAAACCUGACAUCUAUUUCCGCGAGGAGUCGAUCGAGUUCGACCCAGUCAGAGACAGUCCCAUCCCUUCGCUGUCUCUCUCCCAGCUGUCCUUCGACACUCCUGAUGAGGAUCUGCUCCACGUCUUAGGCAGUUUGGACGAUCAGGAGGUCGUUUUUCAGGGUAUUCAGCACUGCUAUCUGCUAUUUUUGAGAAAUAUGGCACAAAAAGUGGAAGCUGGGGUCCUGCUGCAGAGAGAGGCCACAGACGAGACCGUCAGAUCUUACCAGCCUGAGGAUUUCCUGCUGUGUGAGGACAGCGAGCCAAAGCAGAUCAGAAACACGGUUUACUACAGGCUGCAGAGCCCCAGACUCCCAGGAAGGAUACUUGGCUUAAGGGUAAAAAUACAGCUCCUUUAUCAUCAUCUGCUGUGUGCAAAAUACAGUCAUGCAGAUUUCACAUAGCAACCAGUAAAACAAACAUAAUCUUUAUCAACUUGAUCAUCUGUGACACUGCCUUGUGGUAUAAAAAAAACACACUUCCUUUAAACUGUCAUCAGGUGUUACAGCCGCAACAGGAAGACAAGACAAAACCUCUUUUUGUUUUUUUUUGUUUUUUAACACUUUCGACAGCAGAGCAAGGAUGAAAUUCUUGUAAAUGUGCUUUUAUGUCGUUCUGUGCAGGUUCACGAUCAGACUGAUGACACCGCCUCUGUCCUCACCAAACACCACCCAUCACAUGUCAACGUGCGAGACAUUAUUACUCAUUUCCAGCCGAGGAGCACGCUGAAGACUGAUUCUGGGAAAUUAAGAAGUCAAGGUUUCACCGGUCUUGUUAAAUCAGACUGCACUGCUGCUGAACCACCAGGUGGAGACAGCGCUGACUUUGUCACAGACGGUCUGAAAAUGAAUGUGCCCUCAGUCCAGUCUUUCCUCCAGAGAGGAUGCUCAGUGAGUGUUGAGAGGGACCUGCCUCACACCACUCUGGAGGAAUUUGUCCAGGAGAACCACCUGCAACAAAGUAAGGAUUAUUUGGACUAUGACAGGCAGGUGUGCGUUCUGAUGCUGCAGGUUUUAAUGGGUUUGCAACAUCUUUACAACGCCAGUGGCGCUGCAGCUGAUCUCAGACCCCAGGAGAUCUUUUUAGUGUGGCCUAAUGGAGAGAAAGAUGAUGGAGAAAAGAAGGAUGCUUCUAGAGGAAAUAGAGGUUGUCAGAUAAAAGAAGUGGAGUCUCAAAAGGGAAAAACUCAGAUGUUGUGGAGGAUUCGUGGUUCACCUCGUGUUGUGUUAGCCCCGCUGUCUUCUGUUGUUUCUACUUCUCAUCCCCUAACCUUUAUCAAAUCCCAAAUCAAUAAUUUGAUCCAGUACUGCUUCAACCCACAAGAAUCAGCCAUGUCUUCAUACCGAACAGGACUCCUUCAUCUGUCCUCUCUGCUCCACAAUGAGCGUAGAGCUCUACAGGUGCCAGACAUGAUCAUCAUGCUGCAGGUGCUCCUCUGGGGACCCCGAGUCCCACUCUUCAAUCACAGAGGCCACGUGACCACCGCUGUAAACAACUGGCUGAUAUUAAAGCGAGCCUUGCUGGUGAUGAAGUUUGCAGAGAGAGGGCUGAUCCAGGUUCAGUCUGCUCUGGACUGGGAGGACUGUAUGCGCCUGCAGUAUCUGUCAUUCACAGAUCCUGAGAUCAUUGGAAGCAUGGCUGGGCAGCUGUGGCUCACUGUGAACUUGGAAUGAAGAUGUGACUAUCAAGUCUAACAACUGGUCAUUCUCAUGGAAAUUACAGUUAUAUUUAAUUGUAAAAAAAACAAAGACUAUAUGCCUUUUCAGAAAAUCAGCUUGCUUGUACAUGUCAUAAAAUAUGACCAGACUGUGCGACUGAAUCAGACAAUUUCAGUUGAAAGAUGUCUGGUUUUCUUUGAACACAUCUCUGUGGUUUGCAGCGGAAAGACUACAAAAGAAAUAGAAGCAUUUAAGGUUACCAGACUGACAAACUUUCAUUCCUCGGUGUCGUAACUAAUCAGCUUUUAUCUAUCAAACUUGUGAAAUAGUACCAAAAUUUAUUAACUUUUCUCGAUGGGUUGGAAAUAAGAAUUGAAAGUAACACUUCGAAACCAAACCAGUAAAUGUUCUUUGUUUACUUGGAUUGUCCUCACCGACUGAGUGAUGAAACAGUGAAACUAAAUAGUUGCUGGUGAUUGAAGGACUUCAUGGCUUUGUGUAAAACUGCUGAACUGAGCCUAAAUCAAUCCUCACUUAAAGGGCCGGUUCCAACUUCUCUUCAACCAGUUUUCAUUUUGUUUCCUUUCACAACAGGUAACUUUGAGAAAACUGUGUGUUCAUCCUCCUCCUCCUCACGUUUUGAACUUGCAAAACAUUAACUGUGAAAUAAACUUUUAAACCAA